AUGCCUCCAAUACCGUGCACGAAAUGCGAUUCUGCGCGCGCAAUCAUCAUUCGCCCAAAAGACGGUCAAAAGCUUUGCAAGUCUUGCUUUCUCAACAUUUUUGAGGCUGAAAUACAUGAGACAAUCAUCGCAAAUUCCCUGUUCUUCCCGAACGAGAGAGUAGCAAUCGGAGCGUCAGGGGGAAAGGACUCCACUGUGCUCGCAUCUGUUCUCAAGACGCUGAACGAGCGGCAUAAUUAUGGGCUUCAGCUUGUUCUGCUCUCUAUCGAUGAGGGUAUCAAAGGUUACCGAGACGAUAGCCUAGAGACAGUGAAGCGGAAUGCAAUACAGUAUGACAUGCCUUUACGUAUUGUGGGGUACAGCGAUCUUUACGGCUGGACUAUGGAUCAAGUGGUCGAACAAAUUGGCAAGAAGGGCAACUGCACGUACUGUGGUGUCUUUCGCCGGCAAGCGCUUGAUCGGGGCGCUGCUAAGCUUGGUAUCAACCAUGUGGUGACAGGGCAUAAUGCCGAUGAUAUUGCUGAAACUGUGUUGAUGAACCUCUUGCGUGGUGACCUACCGCGUUUGUCGCGGGCGACUAGUAUUGUUACUGCUAGCUCUGCGAGCGACAUUAAGAGGAGUAAGCCGCUGAAAUAUGCCUAUGAAAAAGAAAUCGUCAUGUAUGCGCACUACAAGGGCUUAGAUUAUUUUACGACCGAAUGCAUUUACAGCCCAGAGGCUUUCCGUGGAAGUGCUAGGACUUUGAUCAAGAAUCUUGAGCAGGUAAGACCCACCUCAAUAUUGGACAUUGUUCGAAGUGGUGAAGACAUGGCACGCUUGGUACCCGAGGAGUCCCUUAAAAAAUCAGACGAUAGAUUGAAUACCAUAAUCAAUGGUGGUGCCAGUGGUGAAGGUGGGUGCAGAAGCUCACAUGAGAAAGAUAGUGGAGGGGACAUGGCGGACAUGGAGCAAAAGCUCUCCGAGAGCGAGGUCACAAAAAGCAGAGAAUUGGAUUUUACGUUGAUCGGCCAGAGACACCAGCGGCAGGCAUGCAAAAAGCCGAAUGAUGAGGUGAGGAGACCAAUGGUGCAACAAGUGGGGAAAUGUCAGAGUUGCGGUUAUAUGUCAAGUCAACGUAUUUGCAAAGCCUGCACAUUGCUUGAAGGUCUUAACAAGAAUCGUCCAAAAACGAUGAUCAUACCAACCGUCGAAGAAAUAAGCAUCACACAACGAAGAGAUCGUCCCAACGAGCAAUAA